GAUGGCGCUGUGAGCGCGCGCGAGAUACCCGUCGCCAUUUUAUGUCGAAAAAUCAGACUGAGAUCGGAGAGAAACGCUCACGGUUUAUUAGUUUAGAUUCUGGGAGACACCACAUAAGAAAUGUCUGUCGGAAAAUAAUAUUGGGAAGCAGCAAGAUGCCAAACCUGAUGUUGGACUGAGGGACUUUACUUCACAUCAACAGACACUGGAAGACAAAGCAGAUUAUACACCGGAAUUUCAUACCUGGGGGGGGGGACAGCUGAAUUAACCUAUCUCUGCGGUGACUAAAGGGGAAUAAUGGUGAUUUUGCGCCGGGCUCGGCCGCCUGCUUCCGCCCCGACCAGCAAUGAAUCUUGACUCGCUCUCGCUGGCUUUGUCUCAAAUCAGCUACCUGGUUGAUAAUUUAACGAAGAAAAAUUACAGAGCCAGCCAGCAGGAAAUACAGCAUAUUGUGAAUCGACACGGCCCUGAGGCAGACAGGCAUUUGUUACGCUGUCUCUUCUCCCAUGUGGAUUUCAGUGGCGAUGGUAAAAGCAGUGGCAAAGACUUUCAUCAGACACAGUUUCUCAUCCAAGAGUGUGCGUCGCUGAUUACUAAGCCGAACUUUAUCUCGACGCUUUGCUACGCCAUCGACAAUCCUUUGCAUUAUCAGAAGAGUUUGAAGCCGUCACCGCAUUUGUUUACUCAGCUGAGUAAAGUUCUCAAAUUAAGCAAGGUUCAAGAGGUGAUUUUCGGCCUUGCUUUGUUGAACUCCUCCAGCUUAGACCUUAGAGGGUUUGCCACCCAGUUUGUGAAGCAGAAGCUACCGGAUCUCCUGCGUUCUUACGUGGACUCGGACCUCGGGGGGAACCAGGAAGGUGGCUUCCAAGACAUUGCCAUAGAGGUCCUGCACCUGCUCCUCUCCCAUCUCCUCUUUGGACAGAAGGGAGCGUGUGGGGUUGGACAGGAACAGAUUGACGCUUUCCUCAAGACCCUGUGCAGAGAUUUCCCGCAGGAGCGCUGCCCCGUGGUGCUCGCACCACUGCUGUACCCUGAGAAACGGGACGUUCUGAUGGACAGGAUUCUGCCAGACUCCGGGGGGUUAGCCAAGACCAUGAUGGAGAGCUCGCUCGCAGAGUUCAUGCAAGAAGUUGGCUAUGGCUUUUGUGCAAGUCUCGAUGAGUGCCGUAAUAUUAUCCUGCAGUAUGGCGUGCGGGAGGUCACUGCCAGCCAGGUGGCGCGGGUGCUGGGCAUGAUGGCCCGCACCCACUCGGGCCUGUCUGAUGGGAUUCCCCUGCAGUCCAUCUCUGCUCCAGGCAGUGGGAUCUGGAGCGAUGGGAAGGACAAGAGCGAGGGCUCCCAGGCCCACACCUGGAACGUAGAAGUUCUGAUUGACGUUGUCAAGGAAGUCAACCCCAAUCUCAACUUUAAAGAAGUAACCUACGAGCUGGACCACCAGGGCUUCGUCAUCCGCGACAGCAAGGGCCUGCAGAUCGUGGUGUACGGGAUCCAGAGGGGCCUGGGCAUGGAGGUGUUCCCCGUGGACCUUAUCUACAGGCCCUGGAAGCAUGCCGAGGGACAGCUAUCAUUCAUCCAGCAUUCCCUGAUGAACCCGGACAUCUUCUGCUUCGCGGAUUACCCCUGCCACACCGUCGCCAUCGACAUCCUCAAGGCCCCGCCCGAAGACGACAACCGGGAGAUAGCCACCUGGAAGAGUUUGGACCUGGUGGAGAGCCUGCUGCGUCUCUCGGAGGUGGGGCAGUACGAGCAGGUCAAGCAGCUCUUCAGCUUCCCCAUCAAGCACUGCCCUGACAUGCUGGUGCUGGCGCUGCUACAGAUCAGCACUUCAUGGCACACCCUGCGCCACGAGCUCAUCUCCACCCUGAUGCCCAUCUUCCUGGGCAACCACCCCAACUCCGCCAUCAUUUUGCACUAUGCAUGGCACGGACAGGGACAGUCUCCUUCCAUCCGUCAGCUGAUCAUGCACUCGAUGGCAGAGUGGUACAUGAGAGGGGAACAGUAUGACCAAGCCAAGCUGUCCCGCAUCCUGGAUGUGGCUCAGGACUUGAAGUCUCUAUCGAUGCUGCUAAACGGCACUCCCUUUGCCUUCGUUAUUGACCUUGCUGCACUUGCGUCUCGCCGUGAAUACCUCAAACUUGACAAAUGGCUCACUGACAAAAUCAGAGAGCACGGGGAACCCUUCAUCCAGGCGUGUGUGACUUUCCUGAAGAGGCGCUGUCCCUCCAUCAUGGGUGGAUUGGCUCCUGAGAAGGACCAGCCCAAAAGCGCUCAGCUCCCCCCAGAGACGCUGGCUACCAUGCUGGCCUGUCUGCAGUCAUGUGCAGGGAGUGUGUCUCAGGAGCUGUCGGAGACAAUCCUGACCAUGGUAGCUAACUGCAGCAACGUCAUGAACAAAGCGCGGCAGCCGCCACCCGGGGUCAUGCCAAAGGGACGCGCCCCCAGCACCAGCAGCCUCGACGCCAUUUCCCCUGUGCAGGUAUCACUGUCCCCUCUGCAGAUCGACCCGCUGUCUGCCAUGGGCACCCUCAAUCUGGGGGGGUCGGCCACCUCCCACACUCAGAGCAUGCCAGGGUUUCCCACACCGCUGGGCUCUGCCUUCAGCAACCCCCAGUCUCCAGCGAAGGUGUUCCCCACCCUGUCCACCCCCACUCCCCCCACACCCUUCGGUGGCAUCGGGAGCAUCUCCACACAGCUGCCAGGUCCACUGGGCAGCGGCAGCCUGACUGGCAUAGGGUCCGGCCUGGGAAUGCCCGCGGUGAGCAGCGACCCCUUCGGGACCAGGAAGAUGAGCACCCCGGGACUGAACGCCCCCACCUUCCAGCAGACUGACCUGUCUCAGGUGUGGCCCGAGGCAAACCAGCACUUUAGCAAGGAGAUCGACGACGAGGCCAAUAGCUACUUCCAGCGCAUUUACAACCACCCGCCGCACCCCACCAUGUCCGUCGACGAGGUGAGCCUGCCGUCGCCACACCCCACCAUGUCCGUCAACGAGGUGCUGGAGAUGCUGCAGAGGUUCAAAGACUCCAACAUCAAGCGGGAGCGCGAGGUGUUCAACUGCAUGCUGAGGAACCUGUUUGAGGAGUACCGCUUCUUCCCCCAGUACCCCGACAAAGAGCUGCACAUCACCGCCUGCCUGUUCGGAGGCAUCAUAGAGAAGGGGCUGGUCACCUACAUGGCCCUGGGCCUGGCGCUGCGCUACGUCCUGGAGGCCUUAAGGAAACCGUUCGGAUCCAAAAUGUACUACUUUGGCAUCGCUGCACUAGAUAGGUUUAAAAACAGACUGAAGGACUAUCCCCAGUACUGUCAGCACUUGGCUUCCAUUCCACACUUCCUGCAGUUCCCUCACCAUUUACAGGAGUGUGUGCAGUAUAUCGAGUACGGCCAGCAGUCACGAGACCCCCCUGUGAAGAUGCAGGGCUCCAUCACCACCCCCGGCAGCCUGGCCCUCGCCCAGGCCCAGGCCCAGUCCCAGGCCCCCCCCAAAGCCCCCCUCCCCGGCCAGGUCAGCACCAUGGUAACCACAUCCACCACAACCACUGUUGCCAAAACCACUACCAUUACCCGCCCCCCCACCACCGUCAGCUUCAAGAAGGACGUGCCAGUGAGUAUCGGUAACGCCAGGGAAAUCGGGCCCUCUAUAAACACGACCAACAUCGACACCCUGUUGGUGGCAACAGACCAAACUGAGAGGAUUGUGGAACCUCCCGAAAACGUCCAGGAGAAGAUUGCUUUCAUCUUUAACAAUCUGUCACAGUCAAACAUGAGUCAGAAGGUUGAGGAGCUGAAGGAGACGGUGAAAGAGGAGUUCAUGCCCUGGGUGUCUCAGUACCUGGUCAUGAAGCGGGUCAGCAUCGAGCCCAACUUCCACAGCCUCUACUCCAACUUCCUGGACACACUGAAGAACCCAGAAUUUGUCAAAAUGGUCCUGAACGAGACUUACAGGAACAUUAAGGUUUUGCUGACCUCUGACAAGGCCGCAGCUAAUUUCUCUGACCGAUCCCUGCUGAAGAACCUGGGUCACUGGCUUGGAAUGAUCACUCUGGCAAAAAACAAACCCAUACUGUACACGGAUCUGGAGGUGAAGUCCCUGCUGCUGGAGGCCUAUGUGAAGGGACAGCAGGAGCUGCUCUAUGUCGUCCCCUUUGUUGCCAAAGUCUUGGAGUCCAGUCUGAGGAGCAUGAUUUUCCGGCCCCAGAACCCUUGGACUAUGGCCAUUAUGAAUGUACUGGCAGAGCUGCACCAGGAACAUGAUUUGAAGCUGAACCUGAAGUUUGAGAUCGAGGUGCUGUGUAAGAACCUGUCGCUGGACAUCAAUGACCUGAAGCCUGGAAACCUGCUGAAGGACAAGGAGAAGCUGAAGAACCUGGAUGAGCAGCUGUCCGCACCAAAGAAAGAGGCCAAACCGCCCGAGGAAAUGCUUCCCAUCGUCACCACAGGAGACUGCCCUCCGUUCGCAGCUGCGCCCCCCACCCCGGCCACCGCUACGGGGCCGCCCACCCCCCAGUUCAGCUACCACGACAUCAACGUCUACGCCCUGGCGGGACUGGCCCCCCACAUUAACAUCAACAUCAACAUCCCCCUGCUGCAGGCCCACCCCCAGCUGAAGCAGUGUGUGCGGCAGUCCAUCGAGCGGGCGGUGCAGGAGCUCGUGCACCCCGUGGUGGACCGCUCCAUCAAGAUCGCCAUGACGACGUGCGAGCAGAUCGUCCGGAAGGACUUUGCGCUGGACUCGGAGGAGUCGCGCAUGCGUGUGGCCGCGCACCACAUGAUGCGUAACCUGACGGCCGGCAUGGCCAUGAUCACCUGCAGGGAGCCGCUGCUCAUGAGCAUCGCCACCAACCUGAAGAGCAGCUUCGCCGCCGCGCUCAGGGCUCCCACCCCCCAGCAGAGGGAGAUGAUGGAGGAGGCUGCUGCCCGCAUUGCCCAGGACAACUGCGAGCUGGCCUGCUGCUUCAUCCAGAAGACCGCCGUGGAGAAGGCCGGCCCCGAAAUGGACAAGAGACUGGCCACUGAGUUUGAGCUGAGGAAGCACGCCCGGCAGGAGGGCCGGCGUUACUGCGACCCGGUCGUGCUGACGUACCAGGCCGAGCGCAUGCCGGAGCAGAUCCGGCUGAAGGUCGGGGGCGUGGACCCUAAACAGCUGGCUGUUUACGAGGAAUUUGCCCGCAAUGUUCCCGGCUUCCUGCCCAGCAACGACCUGUCCCAGCCCACAGGAUUCCUGGCCCAGCCUAUGAAGCAGCAGGCCUGGGCGGCGGACGACGUGGCGCAGAUCUAUGAUAAGUGCAUGGCGGACCUGGAGCAGCACCUGCACGCCAUCCCCCCGGCCCUCGCCAUGAACCCGCAGACCCAGGCCAUCCGCAGCCUGCUGGAGUCCGUGGCCCUCGCCCGCAACUCCCGGGACGGCAUCGCCGCGCUCGGCCUCCUGCAGAAGGCUGUGGAGGGGCUGCUGGAUGCCACCAGCGGUGCAGAUGCUGACCUGCUGCUGCGUUAUCGGGAGUGCCACCUGCUGGUGCUGAAGGCCCUGCAGGACGGCCGCGCCUACGGGCCUCAGUGGUGCAACAAGCAGAUCACCCGGUGCCUGAUCGAGUGCCGUGACGAAUACAAGUACAACGUGGAGGCCGUGGAGCUGCUGAUCCGAAACCACCUGGUCAACAUGCAGCAGUACGACCUGCACCUGGCACAGUCGAUGGAGAACGGGCUGCACUACAUGGCGGUGGCGUUCGCCAUGCAGCUGGUGAAGCUGCUGCUGGUGGACGAGCGCAGCGUGAGCCACAUCACCGAGGCCGACCUAUUCCACACCAUCGAGACGCUCAUGAGAACCAGCACGCAUUCCCGAGCCAACGCCCCCGAGGGGCUUCCCCAGCUGAUGGAGGUGGUGCGGUCCAACUACGAGGCGAUGAUCGACCGCGCCCACGGUGGGCCCAACUUCAUGAUGCAUUCUGGGAUCUCCCAGGCGUCAGAGUACGACGACCCGCCAGGCCUGAGGGAGAAGGCGGAGUACCUGCUGAGGGAGUGGGUCAACCUGUACCACUCCGCCGCCGCCGGCCGUGACAGCACCAAGGCCUUCUCUGCCUUCGUGGGACAGAUGCACCAGCAGGGCAUCCUGAAGACGGACGACCUGAUCACGCGCUUCUUCCGCCUCUGCACUGAGAUGUGCGUGGAGAUCAGCUACCGCGCCCAGGCCGAGCAGCAGCACAACCCCGCCGCCAGCGCCGCCAUCAUCCGCGCCAAGUGCUACCACAACCUGGACGCCUUCGUCCGGCUCAUCGCCCUGCUCGUCAAGCACUCCGGCGAGGCCACCAACACCGUCACCAAGAUCAACCUGCUCAACAAGGUGCUGGGCAUCGUGGUGGGUGUGCUGAUCCAGGACCACGACGUGCGUCAGACGGAGUUCCAGCAGCUGCCCUACCACCGCAUCUUCAUCAUGCUGCUGCUGGAGCUCAACGCCCCCGAGCACGUGCUGGAGACCAUCAACUUCCAGACCCUCACUGCCUUCUGCAACACGUUCCACAUUCUGAGGCCUACCAAAGCUCCCGGGUUCGUGUACGCCUGGCUGGAGCUCAUCUCCCACCGGAUCUUCAUCGCCAGGAUGCUGGCGCACACCCCACAGCAGAAGGGAUGGCCCAUGUACGCCCAGCUGCUGAUCGACCUCUUCAAGUACCUGGCCCCCUUCCUGAGGAAUGUUGAGCUCAACAAACAUAUGCAAAUUCUCUACAAGGGCACUCUGCGCGUGCUGCUGGUGCUGCUUCACGACUUCCCAGAAUUCCUGUGUGACUACCACUACGGCUUCUGCGACGUCAUCCCGCCCAACUGCAUCCAGCUGCGCAACCUGAUCCUGAGUGCCUUCCCCCGAAACAUGAGGCUCCCAGACCCCUUCACCCCCAACCUGAAGGUGGACAUGCUGAGCGAAAUCAAUAUUGCUCCUCGUAUCCUCACCAACUUUACUGGAGUGAUGCCGUCUCAGUUUAAGAAGGAUCUGGACUCCUACCUGAAGACCCGCUCUCCCGUCACCUUUUUGUCUGAGCUGCGAGGCAACCUGCAGGUAGGGGGCACCAUUCUGGGUCCCUGGAAACUUUCGCAGCAAAGCGACACAUCCAUAGACAAGGUGUCGAACGAGCCGGGGAAUCGGUACAAUAUCCAGCUGAUCAACGCCCUGGUGCUGUACGUGGGGACUCAAGCCAUUGCUCACAUCCACAACAAGGGAAGCACCCCUUCCAUGAGCACCAUCACCCACUCUGCCCACAUGGACAUCUUCCAGAACCUGGCCGUGGACCUGGAUACUGAGGGGCGGUACCUGUUCCUUAAUGCUAUAGCCAAUCAGCUGCGGUAUCCGAACAGCCACACCCACUACUUCAGCUGCACCAUGCUCUACCUGUUUGCGGAAGCCAACACAGAGGCCAUACAGGAGCAGAUCACCAGGGUGCUGCUAGAGAGGCUGAUCGUGAACAGGCCUCACCCCUGGGGUCUGCUCAUCACCUUCAUCGAGCUCAUCAAGAACCCCGCCUUCAAGUUCUGGAACCACGACUUUGUGCACUGUGCACCGGAGAUAGAGAAGCUGUUCCAGUCGGUGGCUCAGUGCUGCAUGGGGCAGAAGCAAGCACAGCAGGUGAUGGAGGGCACCGGUGCCAGUUAGUGCUGCUACCUUUCGCCCACUCGCCCAGGCAGGGAGACACGCCACCUCCCCCACCCCACCCCCCUCCCCUGGGAACAGCUCGCUGUGCACACCCCGCUCUCGACCCAGCGGCGCCCCCACGACGCAGCGGGGGACACACCUGAGAGAGGUCACGUGGCUAACCUCUGACGGACUGCUUUCAGUUUAUUGGCCAGAAAAAAAGAACACGACCAAAAAAAAAAAUUAAAAUUGAUUUAAAAAAAGGACAUGCUGUGAAUAUAAUUUGGGAACUUUAAUGUAAAUAUAAAGGGAGUAGAGUCUUGCAGAGCUGGAUGGUAUGAGAGGAGAGAUGGUGGCAUAGGAGCCUGAGGUCAGAGACCAGCUGAACAUUCAGAUUCUGCAGUGAACGGCAGCUGCUGAUAGUUCCACUUUGGGGGGGAGCAAUCCAGCCCCCCUGCCCCUGACCCCCAGCUGGGUACCCCGCCCCCUUCAAAGGAUUUAGGUUUUGCCUUCAUGACGACGUGUUUGACAGGUCACUUUGUGUUCAGAGGCUGAGGAGGAGCGAAGAAAGCAGCCUUGUUUUGGUUUGCGUUUUUUAUUGAUGGGAGCAGUGCACUGUAUUCUUUUAUUAAAGGGUUUAUUUCAGAGUUAGUGUGGCAUGGCGGGGCGUGGGGGGGGUGGGGUGUGUCAUUUUUAAACAUGGGGUAAUGGGCGCUCCCUAAUGCUUGUAAAAUUGUGGAAUACAGAAAUUUCAGAUUGAUCACAGAUGAAUCUGUUAGUUUGUAUAAAGAUCCCAAAUUGCAAAACUAAAAAGAAAAAAGAAUGGACCAAUACAGCCCCUUUUGUAAGGAUUUUGAAUGUUUUGUAAAUGUAUUGGUCCACGUGUUGUAUUUUGUAGUACAUUAUAGUUUUGCCUUUAGUUCCAGCCACUUAUUUCCUGUAUGUAUGCAUUCUGUAGUUAUCGCAUUAAAAGUCUUGAACUGCA